GGGCAUAUGUCCCACAGACCCCACUAUGGGUCCUGGGUGUCUGUAAGGAAAAGGAGAAGACCCAGGUUGAGGUCCUGUGAGGAUGGCGGGAAGUGGAUGAACAUGUGACCCGUGGGCACCUAAGGGCCGGGACUUUGCAUUUUACCUUUAUUAGAAAGCGGCCAUGUGUUUUUCUAGUCCUGGAUGAUCUUUAAACUGCGCCUUACAGUACUGGUAAAAUGGCAGGUGUAAAUUGCUGGACUCAAUCUAAGGUUCCCACUUUCGCUCAGAUGCUUAAGAAAAAUUUGCCAGUUCAAGCAUCAGCUACUGUGAGUGAGACUUCAGCACAAGCAACUUUAGCGUACAAUGAAUCGUGUGAUGGAGCUGCCAAAAUUACUCCAGUGACAGGUAACUUUCCUGAACCAUUGUUGGCCAAGGCAAUUCUACCUCCAUCAACAUCCUCAUUGGUACCUAAGAAAAUACCAAAAGAGUUUAUUAUGAAAUAUAAGCGUGGGGAUUUAAAUCCAGUUUCUGCUUUACACCAGUUUGUUCAAAUGCAGCGAAUGGAGCUUGAACUGAAAGAGACUGUAACUACAGGAAAUGUUUUUGGUGCUUAUUUUGCAUUCUGUGCCAUUGUUGAUGGAAUUCAAUACAAAACUGGAAUGGGACAGAACAAAAAAGAAGCAAAGGCAAAUGCUGCACAAUUGGCUUUGGAUGAACUUCUUCAGUAUGAAGAAUCAGAAUCGUAUGCACAACUUUCGGAAAGCAAAUGCACAAACCUUACUGCAGGCCCUCCUCUGUUACCUGUAGAACCAAAUGUAUCUACAGAGUCUUCAAGUACUUCAAGAAAACCAGUUGAUAAGCGCUCAUUUGUACAUGAACAGAUAACACAAGUGAUAAAGGAGAAGUUUACUGAAUUGGUAUCAAAAAAUCCAGAAUUUGAAAGCUGUGGCAAUUCUUUAGCAGCAUUUGUGAUGGAAAUAGAUGGACAACAGUGGGAAGUAGUUGCAUUGGGUACUGGAGAGUUAAAUUUUGGACAGAACCCUCAGAACGACGGAAGACUUCUUCAUGAUUCACAUGCUAUAGUUUCAGCCAGACGUUCCUUGCUGAGGUAUUUUUACAGACAACUUCUCCUCUACUACAGUGGAAAUAGUAUAAUGAUAAAAAAGUCUAUUUUCUGUCGUGAGGCAGCAACCGAUCUGCUUGCUCUAAAGCAGAACACGAAUUUGUACCUGUAUAUGAAUCAGCUUCCAAAAGGAGCCGCUCAAUCCAACUCACAGUUAAUUCUUAGUCCCCUUUCACUGUCUGCGCUUGAAACAAAUGACCGAUUAAGCCUUCAUAUUUCAGUGGAGGGGAAGAAUUAUCCUGUAGCCUACUUCCCUCAUGACAUUACUGCUACUGUAAUCAGUAUGUCUCCCACAGACAAGCUAACAAAAUGGGAGGUUCUUGGAGUUCAAGGAGCACUUUUAAGCAUCUUCAUUCAGCCAGUCUACAUCAGCAACAUUAUUGUGGGUAAUGCGAAUUGCACAAGAGCAUUGGAAAUUGCCAUACAGCGUCGAAUUGAUGAUACUCUAACUUCAAGAUUACCAAUGUUUUACCUUGUACACAGGCCGUACAUAAGUAUGGUAACUGCUGUCCACAAAACUCAGGCUGUUGCUGGAAAUUACAGGCUCAGCUUGAAUUGGUCACAAGGAGAUAUUUCCUUGGAGAUUGUGGAUGCAUUGCAAGGAAAAAUUAUUGAAAGUUCACCAUUUAAAAGUGGUCGCUCAAUGGCAAGUCGUCUUUGCAAAGCUGCAAUGUUAAGCCGCUUCAACUUGCUUGUGAAAGAAGCAAAGAAGGAGGAUGUCUUUCGAGGUCUCCAUUAUCAUGAAGCAAAGAACCUUUCUGGAUCCUACCAAGAGGCAAAGUGCUUGCUGAAAUCUUAUUUUGAACAACAAGGUUUUGGACCUUGGAUUGUGAAGUCAAAAACUAUUGAAGACUUUUCAAUGUAAUUGCAUAAUUCUACAAAAACUGUAGUGUUUGUAUAUCAUUUUCACUCUUGUUGCUUACUGUGUUUAUCAAAAAAAAUUCUAACUGGAAAAACCCUUUUCGUUUCUAGAUUCUUUGAAUCUUAAACAAAAAAUGUUCAUGGUGUUUAGUGCUCCUUUCACGAUUUUUAUUUUUUCAUUAUUUUGUCAUUUGUUUAAAUGCUGUAAUCAAGCUACUUAUAUUCCAUAUAUAUGGAAGCCAUUUUUUUAUAUUUAGGUAAUACAGAAGGUAUAACAUUUAUAUAUUUGUAUGUGUCGGUGUUCUUUAAAAAAAUUUUGUAAGUUUUAUGUUGGUUUUGUUGGUGUUUGUAAGGUGCUGCUAUGUGUGUUAUCCGGGGAUAAUAGAAAAGGUUACCCUACACACACACACACACACACCCUAUUUGGGCUAUAUGUGGCGCAACUCUAUCAAGCAUUAAAGGGGUCAACCAGAAUUUAUUAACAUGUUUUUUUAUAAGGGCCCCAAAUGCAUUAAAAUAACAAUUUGUUACUUGCCUCUGUUAUCCCGUGCUGAUCUUGGCUCACAGAUUUUUGAACAGAUGUCAUGUGACUGCUGCAGCCAAGCAUUGCUUACAGUCCAUACUCCGGGCAUUAUUGGUCAAUCAUGGCUGAUGCUGCUGACUAGCGACGGUCAUGUGUAAUCAACUCCAGAAAGAAGGCAAGAAUGCUGAGCAACACAUUGACUUAGUUGCUUAGUCCAUGUAAUGACAUGUGUAAACCAGUCCCAGCCCAGCCAUUGCUACAUUUUUGGGGCUUGCCACACAUUUUCUACUUCUCUAAUGUGAUCAUCGCCUACACUGAACAAAUGAACAUAGU